GUUAGUAUAGGUUCUCUAGCUCCUUCAUCUGUUAAGUCUCUGAAUAAGGGUUCGCCAUCAUCCUUACGCUUGAUGAAAGCCACGUUUUGAUUUGUCAGACAGAAAAACCAGUUCCACACAUCUCCGGUCCAACUUUUAUUCUUCAUAUACAUACUACACGCCAUGUUCUUCACACUGCUUCAUAGUAGUUCAUCGGCCAACGAGGAGCAGAGGCCUCAUGAUGGAUAUGGUGUAUAUUCCCAUCUUCAUCCUCGUAUUCUUUAGUUCUCUCUGCCAAUCCAACGACCAGCUAACACAAGCAAAGCCACUCUUCCUCAAAGACAAGCUCGUUUCAGAGGGCGGGGACUUUGCUCUUGGUUUCUUCUCCCCAACCAAUUCGAGUCGCAAGUUAUACAUCGGAAUUUGGUACAAUAGUAUCCCAGAGCGCACCGUGGUGUGGGUCGCCAACCGUGACAACCCAAUCAACUCCCCUUCAUCAGCGAAGCUCGCCAUCACCAACAAUUCAGAGUUAAUGUUAUCAGAUUCCCAAGGCCGAAGUAUUUGGAAGACGAACAACACAAGGGGAGGUGCUGGAGCUUUUGCGGUAAUACUCAACUCCGGAAACUUUGUCCUUCGGUUACCAAACGGCAGGGACAUAUGGCAAAGCUUUGAUCACCCGACCGACACAACGCUUCCAACCAUGAGGCUUAUCCUGAGCUACAAAGCACAGUCGGCGGCAACACGCUUCUUUGCUUGGAAGGGCCCUGAUGAUCCAUCAACCGGUGAUAUCUCUUGCAGCAUGGAUCCCCCCUUUAACCUUCAGAUGUUCAUUUGGAACAGGACUUUGCCGUACAUCCGUUUCUCCAUUGUUAAUGGUGUUUCAGUAACCGGUGGCACAUACCAGAGCAACGGUAGCUCCAUCGUCAUGUACCAAGAGAUGAUCAACACAAGGGACGAGCUAUACUAUAAGUACACAGUCUCACCUGGCUCACCCUACACGCGUCUUUCAUUAGACUACACAGGCAAGUUCAGGUUGCUUAGUUGGAGCAGCGCCGCAUCGUCAUGGGCAGUCAUCUUUGAGCGUCCGACGGCUGAUUGUGAUCUCUAUGCCUCUUGUGGCCCGUUCGGCUAUUGCGACCUCACGGAGGCAAUCCCGACAUGCCACUGCCCUGACGGUUUCGAGGUUGUCGACCAGCUCAACUUCUCGAGAGGAUGCCGGAGAAAGGAAGCGAUAAAAUGUGGAAAGGAGAGCUAUUUCACAACCAUGCCUAAUAUGAAGGUCCCUGACAAGUUCUUGCACAUUAGGAAUAGAAGCUUCGACCAGUGUGCAUCCGAGUGCACAAGGAAUUGCUCGUGUGUAGCAUAUGCCUACGCCAACCUAAGCAAUGCUGGCACUACGGGCGACACAUCGAGGUGUUUGGUUUGGACAGGGGAUCUCAUCGACAUGGAGAAGGCCAGCUUUGCAGAGAAUUUGUACAUCCGGCUAGGUGAAUCCCCUGAUCAAAAGAAGAGCAAUUUGCUGAAGAUUUUACUCCCAGUUAUAGCAUGUCUUAUGCUAUUCGCAUUGGUAGCCCUUGUCUGGAUAUGUAAAAGCAGAGGCAAACUGCAAAAGAAGAAAGUUCAAAAGAGAACGAUGCUAGAAUACAUGAGCUCUACAGAUGAAGCUGGGGACAAGAAUAUAGAGUUCCCAUUUAUUAGCUUUGAAAAUAUUGUCACAGCAACGGACAAUUUCUCUGCCCACAAUAUGCUUGGGCAAGGAGGUUUUGGCAAAGUAUACAAGGGAAUGUUGGAAGGCACUAAGGAAGUAGCCGUCAAGAGACUUAGCAAAGGUUCUGGGCAAGGCACCGAGGAGUUUAGAAAUGAAGUAGUCUUGAUUUCGAAGUUGCAGCACAAGAACCUAGUUAAGCUGCUCGGUUGCUGUAUUCUUGAAGAUGAGAAGCUGUUAGUUUAUGAGUACUUACCCAACAAAAGCUUGGAUUACUUCCUCUUCGACUCUGCAAGAAAAGCAAUGCUUCAGUGGCCAACAAGGUUCAAGAUAAUCCAGGAGGUAGCAAGAGGAAUUAUGUACCUCCAUCAGGACUCAAGAUUAACUAUAAUCCAUAGAGAUCUCAAAGCAAGCAACAUUUUAUUGGAUAAAGAGAUGAGCCCUAAGAUAUCAGAUUUCGGUAUGGCCAGAAUAUUCUGUGGUAAUCAGCACCAUGCAAAUACUAACAGGAUUGUAGGGACAUAUGGUUACAUGUCCCCUGAAUAUGCAAUGGAAGGUAUAUUUUCAGUCAAGUCUGACACCUACAGCUUUGGUGUUCUACUAUUGGAGAUUGUGAGUGGAUUAAAGAUCAGCUCACCACAUCUUGUCAUGGAUUUUCCUAAUCUGAUAGUCUAUGAAAAAAUCUCUAUUCAGGCAUGGAACUUAUGGAAAGAUGGGAAAACAGAAGAUUUGGUGGACCCAUCUGUUAAGGAGAACUGUUCCUUCGAUGAAGUUUCACGAUGCAUCCACAUAGGACUUUUGUGCGCUCAAGACAAUCCGAACUGUAGGCCACUCAUGUCAACAGUUGUGCUCAUGCUAGAAAGUAAAACCACACCACUCCCAACACCACUGCACCCUGUGUAUUUUGCAAGCAGGGACGCCGAACCUGGAAGAAGCAGCUACAAUAGGGUGCUGUCCUUGAAUGACAUGAGUGUCACGGUUCUUGAAGGCCGUUAGAUGUUCAAUUACUACUUCUUCUUUUUUGAAACGAGAAAAAAAAUUGAAACGAGUUCAAUUACUACUUCUUCGCAACGCAGGUUUUGUAAACUUGCAACAGUGUAAGAGUCUCAGCUUAACUGUACAUUGAUAGGGUGUGUGGAACAUUGACUGCAAAGGCUUUGAUAUUUAUAUUGAUUACACGCCAUUUCAGGUAUAAGAGUAUAAUGAAGCCUGCUUUUAUCUUCAGUUGCUCACAGGUUUCGAUUUUAUAUUCAUAAGAGAAGACUAUCCAAUCUCUUUGUUGCAGUACCUUGUUAUGUUCUAGAUUCUCGAAUGUAUUAUUUCCCAUAAGACAUGAGAUAGCUCCCAGUGAGCAUUUUACUGGUUGACUUGCAUAUUUUGUAAUAGUUCGGACUAUGUCUGUCUUGUUUGGUUAUUUCUAUAUAGACUUGAAGAACGCAA